CUCCGGCCAAUGAUUGCUAACCGAUUUCUCGUUAGCUCGAAUGGAAAUGUCCGUCUCUGUCUGAUUUUUUUAUCUGUUGUCUGAGUGAAUGAGGGAUCCUCGUUAGGAAGUAUCUGUCGGGGAAAACGUACAAAAAGCUGUUAAAUAUUUCGGCCCGGCUUCGUCUUGCUGUGCUGUGCACGACAAAGAACAGGCCAACGCAGACGCGAGUUGCAGUGGAUUUACAAUGAGAAUUUAUGCAGGGGACUCUUUGUACCUGGAUAGGUUAACUCAAAGAGAUGGACGGAGACAACUCAACCACAGAUGCCUCUCAGCUGGGUAUCACAGGAGAAUACAUGGCCCCCAGUCAUUAUGUUCUCCAACAUCAAGAGGAUGAUGGAGAGGAUAAUAUGAAUGAUCAGGAUGACGGUGGCAUCAAGGAGAAUUACAGGGAGCAGGACAUCUAUCUUCCCAUCGCCAACGUGGCUCGCAUCAUGAAGAAUGCCGUUCCUCAGACUGGAAAGAUUGCAAAAGAUGCCAAAGAGUGUGUGCAAGAGUGUGUUAGCGAGUUCAUCAGUUUCAUCACGUCUGAGGCGAGCGAACGCUGCCACCAGGAGAAGAGGAAGACUAUCAACGGGGAGGACAUCCUGUUCGCCAUGUCCACGCUGGGCUUCGACAUGUAUGUGGACCCUCUAAAGCUCUACCUGCAGAAGUUCAGAGAGGCAAUGAAGGGCGAGAAGGGGAUCCCAGGGGUUGGGGUGGGAGAAAGCCUGGGUGAGGACCUCACAGAGGACAGCUUCACAAAUCCACUUCCAGCUGGGAUAAUCACAGCAGACGGUCAGCAGCAAAACGUCAUGGUGUAUACCACCUCAUAUCAACAGAUUCCCACUGUACAGCAGAUCCAGUUUUCAUGACGAGGCCUUUCUCUCAGCCCAAACACAAGGCUCCACUUGGCUCGUGCUUGCCAGAUGACCUCUGACCCUUCCACUGGGUAAAUGUUGUGAAACGGACAGGAAAAGGGGGGAAGACACAUCUGGAGAAGCCCUCAUGUACAGAAAUUCACUACCUGUUUAGUAGAAAAUGUAGUUUCUAGUUGUGAGGUACCAAAUGUUUUGGAAGAUUCCAAAUCAGCUGGGAAAUUCAAGGCUUUAUUUUAAAGGCUAGUCUUCUUACAUGGUGUAGUGAUGGAAUUCUGUUGUUAUGUGUGUGAUGAUGUGUUCUCUUUUAUUAUUUUUGUUGUUGUUUUUUUCCCGCAGGGUAGGGGUAGAGGGUUAAGGGGGUGG